UCGUGUUCAGUACGAUAUGGUACGAUGUGUCACGGUGAAUGGCGCAUGUUGACGGAACGUCAUAGUAUUUUGAGAUUACGCCAAAUUAGAGAUUACCCAUUGUUUAGUAAUGAUUUCAAACGAUCUAGACAAUAAUGUCAUAAAAAAUGACAACAACGAUGAUAAUUCAAAAACUGAAGGUAAAAACACCUGUUACACCACUUUUUAAUGCAAAUUUGGAUGCAAUGAUAGCUGAAAGCAUGAAGGACAUAGACGAUGAAGAAACAUCUGAUGGAGAUGAUGAUCCAGAACUAUUGCGGGAAUUCCAGAUGAUCACAGGUGACAAAUCUUCUGAAAAAGCCUCACUAGUAAAGGAAGAAGACUUGGUAACAAAAGAUAUAGAAGCAGCUGAACUGAAGGAAGAUGAUACUCCUAUAGGAAACAUGGUAAAACUGUUGCAUGAGAGGAUAAGGCUUUAUCAAAUUGCUGAGAAAAAAGCAAAAGAAGAAAAUGAACCAGCUCGAGCUAGAAGAUUUAAUAGAGGCAUUAAAACUCUUACAAAGUUGUUAAACAAUGUUUCAUCAGGAAAAAAUAUUAACGAAGCUGAUAUUCCACCACAGUUACCAUCAUCAGCUACCACAGAAUCUACAGUGGAAGUAUUAAACAGUGACAAAGAAAACUCAACAUCCAUUAUAUAGAAAAUUUUCCCAACUGUAAUAAUCAAAACAAAUUUCAAAUACAGAAAUAACGAUAUAUUUUCUGUAAUAAAA